UGGCUACGGCGAAGGGAGCUUGUCCAAUGGCAGUCAACGGGCUGCAUUUCGCCAUCAGGUUCGGUUUCGGCGUUACGACUCCAAUCUGCCAUUGCGUAGAGGAGCAGGAAGGUUCUAGAGAGAUAUCUAAUAUCUUCGUUGGAUCCGCUGCAUCGAUCAGCACCCCGGGGGUCUGACAGUCUGUGCGUUUGUGCUGUUACAUAUUUGACUCGCGACCUAAAAGCUCCAGCCAGCUCGACCAUCAACCUUCACUGCGCCGUUGGACGACUAGCGUUGUGUUUAUGUCUUUAUUUUACGGAAACGAGCUGUUGCGCAGCUGUUGGAACGCGAGCGGUGUAAACCUAGACCACGAGCAAGGAGCUUGUAGCCACGGUGGCAAAAUUUUUUUCAUGUCAGAGACCGAGCACGCUUGCAGUCGUUUAUGUCAUCCAUUCUUCUCCAGACAGAAGAUACCCAAAAAUCCCCAUCCAGGAUCUUUUUAUCUUGCUGAUAGUGCUGCAAGCCACUCAAAAUGUCUGUCAACGUCAACCGCAAUGUGUCGGACCAGUUCUACCGCUACAAGAUGCCCCGUCUGAUUGCGAAGGUGGAAGGCAAAGGAAAUGGAAUCAAGACGGUAAUUGUCAACAUGGUUGAUGUUGCAAAGGCACUUAAUCGGCCUCCCACAUAUCCAACCAAGUUUUUCGGCUGUGAGCUAGGGGCACAGACCCAGUUUGACACGAAGAAUGACCGCUACAUAGUGAACGGCUCCCACGAGGCCAACAAACUACAGGACAUGCUGGAUGGAUUUAUCCGCAAGUUUGUGCUGUGCCCAGAGUGUGACAAUCCCGAGACAGACCUACAUGUUAAUCCAAAGAAACAGACCAUUGGGAACUCUUGUAAAGCCUGUGGGUACCGGGGCAUGCUAGACACGCGCCACAAACUUUGCACGUUCAUCCUUAAAAAUCCACCAGAAAGUGACAGUGGGUCUGUGAAGAAAGAGAAGGAAAAGAAAAACCGAAAGAAGGACAAGGAAAAUGGCUCAGGCAGUGGUGAUGCUGGGAACCAUAAUGAAAUCGAUGCGCCGGAUGCUGUGCAUGGAGAUGAUGAUGAUGAGGAUUGGGCAGAGGAGACCACUGAGGAGGCCCAGCGCCGGCGGAUGGAGGAGAUCAGUGACCAUGCUAAGAACCUCACUCUCAGUGAGGACUUGGAGAAGACCCUGGAGGAGAGAGUCAACAUGUUUUAUAACUUUGUGAAACAAAAGAAAGAGAGCGGAGCGAUAGACUCUGCAGAUAAAGAGAUUCUGGCCGAGGCAGAGCGACUAGAUGUGAGGGCCAUGGGGCCGCUCAUUUUGAGCGAACUGCUAUUCAACGAGAACAUCAGAGACCAGAUCAAAAAAUACAAACGUCACUUUCUACGUUUCUGCCAUAAUGAUAAGAAGGCUCAGAAAUAUCUGCUGGGUGGCUUUGAGUGUGUGGUGAAGCUGCACCAGGCUCAACUGCUGCCCAGAGUUCCGAUCAUACUUAAGGAUUUAUAUGAUGCUGACCUCCUGGAGGAGGACGUCAUCCUCACCUGGGCUGAGAAGGUUUCCAAGAAGUACGUCUCCAAGGAGUUGGCCAAGGAGAUCCAUGCCAAGGCAGCUCCUUUUGUCAAAUGGCUGAAGGAGGCAGAGGAGGAGAGCGAGGGAAGUGAAGAGGAAGAGGAGGAGGAGGAUGAAAAUGUUGAGGUUGUGUACUCUUCUUCUGCCCGGGAGCUGAAAGUGGAGACUGUUCAGCCAGAAAAGAAUGAAGAGGAUGAUGACCUUGAUAUCGAUGCCAUUUAAAAAAAAUUACAAAAAAAAAGAAAGAGAGGAAAAAUACUAUGUCAGCCAAUUUCCAAUGAUAAAAUCGAUCACUAUGGCCUCCUGUUGAGCCCUCUCUCUUCUGCUCCACGUCUUGUCUUUCCACUAGUUUACUCUGUUAAGGCAUGAUUUUAACAUGGCGCUUUUACUGUCUUGCUGCUGAACUACUAUGUAAUGUUUAAGCUCUCUGUAUUGAGAAUUAUAUUGUGACUUUGACUUCUUUGAUUUAUGGAUUUACUUAAACUGCACAUUUUGUGAUUUGUUUUAAUUUCGUUCAGUCAUUAAAUAAACUUUUCUUUUAACUUGCACAGGGA